GUGAAAAGACUUGCUGCCCGAGAUUUUGAAGACAUUUUGCAGUGUGCUAUGCCAGUCUUUGAAGGACUUUUUCCAAGAGGCCAUGACGAGGUCAUACAGUUGCUUUUGUUCAGGUUUGCUCAAUGGCAUGCUCUCGCCAAACUGAGAAUGCAUUCCGAAAGCACUCUGUUGGCUUUGGAGGAGACCUUCAAGCGCCUCUCUCAUCAAUUGCGCAGAUUCAGAAGCUUUACCUGUACUGCUUUCACCACUGUGGAGUUACCAAGAGAACAGGCUGCACACGAGCGCAGGGCUGCACAUCAACGCUUGGCCUUAGGCAAUCCGGAUAUGGAGAGUGGUGGCCGAAGGACAAAGAAAUUCAAUAUCAAUACUUAUAAAUUUCAUGCCAUGGGAGACUAUCUAUACUUGAUCCGGCUCUUUGGGACAGUAGAUUCGUUUACAUCGCAAAUU